CUCUGGAAUCAAAAGACUAGAAGAUUUUCUCCAGAUAUGUGCUGUUAAAUCUGUAAAAUUUAUUGCAGAAAUGGUUGGAUUGGAUGCCUGUUUCAAAUUAUGGAAAGAAUGCUGUCUAAAACCAGAAGCAGAAUCCAAAGAUAUAAAUGUGGUAAUUCAGAUGAUGAAGAGGAUUCACAUACUGCACGAGAAAUACUCAGAGUUGUUACAGAAAACACACAGGCAAAAAUUAGCCAAAUAUCUAAAAUAUAUCGGUUUUGACAACUUGGCACACACGUUAUGUCCUCAGGGGAAGGAGUCAGGUGCUGAGAAGGAUAUUUAUAAAUACUCAGUUCACAUGGGAGCAGCUCGGUUUCAGUUAACGCACAUGGGCCCUUACUUGUUUCGAGAAGAAAGAAGUGGUCCAGAUCCCCGGGUGCAUCAUUUUAUACCAGACACGUGGCAGAGGGAACUCCUGGAUGUCAUAGAUAACAAUGAGUCGGCUGUGAUUGUUGCUCCAACCUCAUCAGGGAAAACCUACGCCUCCUACUACUGCAUGGGGAAAGUCCUACAGGAGAGUGAUGAUGGAGUGGUCGUGUACAUUGCACCCACAAAGGCUCUGGUUAACCAAGUGGUGGGAACUGUCUACAAUUUGUUUACUAAAGCACUGCCAAAAGGCUCAGUGGUGUGUGGAGUUUUCACGAGGGAUUACCGCCACGACACCUUGAACUGUCAGAUAUUAGUAACAGUGCCUCAGUGUUUGGAAGUACUCUUGCUAUCACCUCAUUAUCAGAAAUGGACAGAAAGAAUACGAUAUGUCAUAUUUGAUGAGGUUCACUGCCUUGGGGGAGAAGUUGGAGCAGAAGUGUGGGAACAUCUCCUUGUUAUGAUUCGUUGUCCCUUUUUGGCCCUUUCUGCUAUUAUCAGUAACCCUGAGCAUCUCACUGAGUGGUUGGCGUUAGUUAAAGGAUAUUGGCAACGUGUUGAAAGCACAAUGGAAAAUGCUGAUCCAUCAAGAAAUGCCUUAAAAAGCUCAAAGAGACAACAACGAGCAAGAGUAGGAAAGCCAUCGUACAAAGUUAGACUGGUGUGGUACAAAGAACGAUACAACGAUCUAGAAAAGUAUGUGUGUUCUCUAAAGGAUAACGAUUUUGUCAUUGCACACUACCACCCGUGCGCUGCGCUCACAGUCAACCAUAUAGAGAAGUAUGGAGUCCCUGCAGACCUUCAGUUUUCUCCUCGGGAAAGCAUACUUCUGUAUGAUGCUAUGGUACACAUUUGGCCAGAACGGUCAAGAAUGCAGGAGUUAGAACCUGAAGAAUUCAGCUGCUUUAAAAAUAAAGUAGUCAUCAUGAGGACAGAUGCCAAGAAAUAUGAAGAGGAACUGAAAAAGGAAAUGCUUAGUUGGAUGCAGCUGGACCCAGGCAAGGUGAAUCAGCUACUGCAGUACCUUAAGCCUCAAACUUUUGACAGUGCAAGGAUUGAAAAGGAACGAAUGUUUCCUUGUUUUGUGGAAAAACUUAAAGAAAUGGAUAGGCUACCAGCAAUAUUUUUUUCAUUCAACAUUCACUCAGUGGAAUGGUCAGCUUCACGCCUUCUUACUAAUAGGUUGACGAGACAAUAUACUCAUAGUCACAACUCUGAAGGAGAGAAGAACUUAAACAGGAAACUGGAGAAAGCGAUUAAGUCUCAAAGGAGAACGUACGCUGCUUAUUUACAUUCAAAUUCAACUGCUCGAAUUCAAAGAUUGAUUUUAUGGGACGCUGAAAUAAAGGAAAUAAAGAAGAGUCUUAAAAAGAGUAAAGAAGUUCCUCCGGACUGUACUUAUGUUGAUCGAGCAGGUGUGGAUAGCGAGACUUUCAGGAAGAUUGUAUCCAGGCUGAGAUGGACAAGAGGAGGCUCCGGUCUGAUCAGGCUGUUACAGCGGGGCAUUGGCUACCACCAUGGUUUAAUGGAGUACAAACAGAGACAAGUUGUUGAGACCCUUUUCAGACUGAAGCACGUCAAGAUGAGGAGCACAUCUCACUAGCAAACGGCAG